AUGGAAUAUGAUAUUGGCCGGUUACUAUUUAUUCUAGAAACAGCGUCUCAGUUAGCGAAUGAGAAACUUGACUCCGUUGAAAUUCCAGACACCAGACUUACAGUUACUGAGUUGAAGUUACAAACCUCCUCAAUACGAAUCCAUUAUAUCAACAUCGGCAAGAGGUUAUAUCUGAAUCGUGUUUCUGAUCCUAUUCUUAACGAAACUGAAGGUGGCCAAUGGACUGAAUAUACCCUUGAAGAUUACUUUGCUGUCAAAAGUGACGAGAUGGGCAUUGUGGACAUUGCUUUUUCUCAGAAAAACAGGCGCCCAUGCUGGAUUUUGAACAAUCCUGCUGAACCCUUUGACCCUGAGUUUUCUGAAGUAAAAGGUGUGGAUAUUCGUGGUCUGAGAGUUAUUCGAGAUUCUCGUAAAUGCCGAGCGAUUACUGUAUUGAGCCGGACGGGAGGAGAACCCUUCUUCUACAAAACCCCCUAUCCUCCCAAAGAUGCGUGGGUUGAUGCAGGUUUUCCAAUAAAGUCGCCACUUGCUCCAACAGAUCCUUUCAGUUACGUGUCAAAGGCAACAUACAUCCCGUUUAAGGAUCUGAAAAAGAUAGUGUUGUAUCUCGACCCUUCUCGUGUUGGGGUUCAAAGGAUUGCCCUUGAUCGUUCGGGAGACUAUGGAGAGCAUGUUAUACACUUCUCCUCCUCCCCAACAUACUUAAAAUUUUUGAUCUGUGCUGUGGGAAUUGGCUUCAAUUAUCCAUGGCUCCAGUUUGAGGUUAAUGGAGAGUGGAUACCUCCUAUUCAUGAACAUUGCUUUGUUAUUCAUGAAGUUGUACUAAGGACGUUGAGGGAUUGUGGUGGGGAAGAACCUUUUCAAUGA